GUUUAGUUAGAGAUAUAAAAUGAAAAAUAAAAUCAUAAAUAAACUCAUCACCGACUCACUCGAAUGGGUUUCCUUCCCGUCGGCGGAAUCACUUCGCCGGCGCUACCGCAACAAGUAUCUUUCAUCACCCGUAAACACCACGCCGAUCCAAAAAUACAGAAACUUAAUCAAUCUACCUCUGAAACCAUUGUUUCAUGGACUUCUCGCAUCACUCUACUCACACGCAAUGGUCGAUUGGCGGAGGCAGCGAAGGAAUUCUCCAAUAUGAGACUCGCCGGCGUCGAACCUAACCACAUUACUUUCAUAGCUCUACUCUCUGGGUGUGGUGACUUUUCCUCCGGAAGUGAAGCCUUGGGAGAUUUGCUUCACGGAUAUGCUUGUAAACUUGGUCUUGAUAGAACCCAUGUCAUGGUUGGCACCGCAAUUCUCGGCAUGUACUCCAAACGCAGUCGUGUUAAGAAGGCUAGAUUGGUUUUUGAUUACAUGGAAGAUAAAAAUUCGGUUACUUGGAAUACGAUGAUUAAUGGGUACAUGAGGAAUGGUCAAGUCGAUAACGCUGUUAAGAUGUUCGACAAAAUGCCUGAACGAGACUUUAUUUCUUGGACAGCUAUGAUAAACGGGUUUGUUAAGAAAGGUUUUCACGAGGAAGCUUUGGCAUGGUUCCGUGAGAUGCAGAUUUCUGGAGUGAAACCAGAUUACGUUGCUAUCAUUGCUGCUCUUAACGCUUGCACAAACCUUGGUGCUCUCUCGUUUGGACUAUGGGUACAUCGUUAUGUUAUGAGUCAGGAUUUCAAGAACAAUGUCAAGGUGAGUAAUUCACUGAUUGAUUUGUAUUGUCGAUGCGGGUGUGUUGAGUUUGCUCGAGAAGUUUUUGACAAAAUGGAGAAACGAACUGUAGUUUCAUGGAAUUCAGUCAUUGUUGGUUUUGCUGCUAAUGGAAACGCACAUGAAUCUCUAGUCUACUUCAGGAAAAUGCAAGAAGAAGGGUUUAAACCUGACGCUGUCACUUUCACAGGGGCACUAACGGCUUGUAGCCAUGUAGGUCUAGUUGAAGAAGGUCUUCGAUAUUUCCAGACGAUGAAAAGGAAUCACAGAAUCUCGCCUCGAAUUGAGCAUUAUGGAUGUUUAGUGGAUUUGUAUAGUCGGGCUGGGAGAUUGGAAGAGGCUUUGAAGGUGGUACAGAGCAUGCCGAUGAAGCCAAAUGAAGUUGUUAUUGGAUCCUUACUUGCAGCCUGCAGGACUCAUGGGAACAAUACUGUCUUAGCAGAGAGGCUGAUGAAGCAUCUUAGUGACGUGAAUGUGAAAGGCCAUUCAAAUUACGUGAUUCUCUCAAAUAUGUAUGCGGCUGAUGGAAAAUGGGAAGGAGCAAGUCAGAUGAGGAGGAAGAUGAAAGGUCUCGGACUAAAGAAGCAACCUGGGUUUAGUUCCAUAGAGAUUGAUGAUUGCACGCAUGUCUUCAUGGCCGGUGACAGUGCCCAUGUUGAGACCGCUGAUAUCCGCGAGGUCCUGGAGCUUGUUUCUUCUAAUUUGCAGUUACAGGGAUGUGAAGUUGAAACCCUUGCUGGUGAUCACCUCACUGAUUGAAAUCCAGGGACUUCACACCCAAUUUUUGUUCAAGUCAGAUUGGCGAAUUACUGGGAUUCAUAUUAUACAAGUGAUACUGAUUCAGAGUAAGUGACAUGCAUCCAUUAGCUCAAAAUGGUUGACCUGGUUUAAACCCACUCAAUUGUUGCUUGUACCAACGUUUUUGCCAGGCCCUACCAAUAAGUAUAUUGAGUAAAGAUCCGGGUUUAUAUGGCUCUAUCUAAACCUGAUGAAUAAAGGCUAGAUAGUGAUAUCGUGCUCUCGUGCUUUGAUAAGCUUCAAAUCCAAGCUCUCUUACCUUGGUGCCAGUCUCCCUCUUGCUAAUAUAAUAACCUGAAUCCAUGUGCAUUCUUCUGUGUCUGGUCUUGCUAUGGUGAAGUUAUUGCUGGUUACCUUCGAGUUAGUAAUUAAUUAGUUCAAUGAUUCCCACAUUUUUGCUACACUUGUUGUUCUGUUUGCGUGGGUUUUUGUAAACCUCGGGCACCUUCUAGCAUUUGUUUACCUAGCAGUGAUCGUUGCACAGGAUUGAUGGAGUGAAAGAUAUAGGCAUCAAAAGAUCUAGAAGACCUGCUAGCUUGAGAGUGUAUAUAUUCCCAACAAUUUCCUUGUUAAUGCAGUUUCUAAAGAUAGUGUUGUUCUAGGUGCAUCCGGUAUUGUUACUCUUGUAUUGUAAAGGUUAACGAUUAUAUGUAACACGUAUCAGUUUAUUCA